AUGGACAGUAUCGUUGCAGUUCACGGCUUGGCCGAGGAUUCAAGGAAAACCUGGACUCGGCAGGAAGGAGGCGUGUUGUGGCUCAAAGAUCUCCUGCCACGACAUAUCCAUAAUGCAAGAGUUCUUACGUUCGAUUAUAACCCCGAUCCCUUUCUGUUCACUGGACCGGGAUUUAUGGACAAGGUUCAAGGUCAUGCAACUACACUAGUGGCAGAUCUGGAGGCUGAGCGGAGUCUGAUGAAUGCCUCCCAACGACCUCUCAUAUUUGUAUGCCACGGGCUUGGAGGUAUCAUCGUCAAAAGCGCUCUUAUUCAUUCAGCGAGUCGGACUUCUCAUCAAACAUGCCACCUCAACUCAAUAUAUGUUUCAACGUUCGCUAUCUUGUUUUUUGGCACGCCGCAUGACCGCAUCGACGUUGGAAGGUGGCUGGCUUUACAUUCGUCAAGCCUCGCAGCGACUGAUCCAGGAGCAGCUGCCGUCACCCCACAUAACAGUGCUGAACUACCAAUCACUGUGCAUGCUUUGGAUGUUAUCACAAAUCAGUUUGCUCCACUCAUGAAGAAAAUCCAUUUGUAUCUGUUCUGGGAAGGUCUAGAGACACGGCUUGCAGACCGUGUUGAUUUCUUGGUCGAACAAACGUCUGCUGCUCCCCCUACGUAUGACACCCAACGAUGCGGAAUUUCGGACUCCGACCACUCAGGCAUGGUCAAGUUUCACAAUGGUGACUCCGCAUAUCGGACAGUCAUAUCUGCUCUGAAAAAGUAUUGCCAAGCCGCACCGGAGGUGAUUGCAUACCGAUGGAAAGAAGCGGUGGAAUCUCUGGCGCGCAUGAGGAAGAGUGAAGCUUCCGAGUUGACCGGUUUGUUUCUUGAUAUUCCGGACAAAACUCCACUUUUUGUGGAAAUCAAGGACACUGUCGAGCCUGCUUUGCAAAACGAGCAUUUCGACCCACCAUGCGCUGUUUCCCCUGCUUUUAUAGGGCAGGAUGAAAUUAUAGGAGCCCUCCAAACAGCUUUCGAACCGGAACAAAACGUGUUGUUGAUGAAACAACAGAAGCGAUUUGUUCUCUAUGGAAUAGGCGGCUCUGGAAAGACACAGCUAUCUGCGAAAUAUGCCCAACAGAACCGGAAAUUCUAUUGGGCAGUAUUUACUAUUGAUGCGUCAUCACAUCAAAGUGCAAGAGAGUCGUUCUGCAAGAUCGGAAGAAAGGGCGGACUCGAAGCUACUGAAGAUUCAGGCAAACACUUCCUCUCUCAAGCCACAAAGCCCUGGCUUCUCAUCAUCGACAACGCAGACAGCCCCGAUCUACACUUCGAAAGACUUAUAGUACCUAGUGAAAGAGGUCAUAUCCUCGUCACCACAAGAAACCCCAGCCUCCGAAGACAAGGCAAUGUGGGAAACGUGGAACUCAAAGGGCUGAAAGAACGAGACGCUUUCCAGCUACUUAUGAGAGUUGCGGAUAUUAAGCAGCCAUGUGAUACCCCUACGGAAAGAGCAGGAAACGAGAUCAUCAAAACUUUAGGCUAUCUAGCCCUCGCGGUCGUUCAAGCUGGAAACACGAUUUACAACAAGUUAUGCAAUUUGACAGAAUAUCUCGGGUUCUUUCACCUCUUCCUGGAAAAGCGCCGCGAAAAAAAAGUCCAAUGUUCCACAAACGAUACUGACGAUACUGCUGCACGUCGUGCCGAAAAUGACGACAUUUUCACGGCGUUUGACUUUUCUUUUCAGAGAAUCGCGAUACAAAACACAGUUCCAAGCCAAGAUGCGAUUGAAAUUCUCAAUAUUGUUGGCUUCUAUCACUUCGAUUCCAUUCCAGUCGACAUCUUCGAAAGGGGGUUGAAUCUGGAGCGAGAGCAGUUGCGGCAGUCCUCAGUUGCGUCACUCCGAGCAAAAUUCGCCAACGCUUUUGUUUGUCGCUUGAGACCACCUCGGUCACUUCCUAGGUUCCUAAGGCAAAAUGCCAAUGGCAUGCAUCCGUUAUGCAUCAGGGAAGCUCUUCGUGAGUUGUAUGCGUCUUCCUUGAUAACAUACGGAAAAGACGAGAAAACCUUCUCGCUGCAUCCUCUCGUUCAUGCCUGGGCAAAAGAUCGCAUUCCUUCGAAUGAGAGGAGUCUGUGGGCAGGUAUUGCUUUCAACACCCUCAUGGCAUCUAUUGAGAUCUCACCAAAGGAUACCGGAGAGUCUAAUUCGACUUUCGGAAGAAGUUUGAUUCCACACCUCAAUUCGUGCCUAGAAGCCUGUCCGACUGAGUUCAAAGAGUUUCACAGUCUCAAGGAUUGUGUUGGCAAAUAUCGCCGUUUCACAUUGCUUCUACAGCCCACUCUAAUGUUCACACUUCGCGAGAUGAUCCAAAGUGCCGCGAAGUGUGGGGCUCUGUACGCCCAGACUGGUGACUUUCUAAAGUCUGCGUACCACCUCUCUCUGGUGAAGGAAGCGCUAGUUAUGCUUGUUGGACUCGACGAUGCUAGGACAAUGGCCGCUAUGCUAGGCCUCGCAGGUGUCCUGUGGGGCCUGGGGCGCUUGAGGGAAGCCAUUGACCUACAGGAACAAGUCGUUAAAUCACGACGUAGGGUUCUAGGAUCGGUCCACCGUGGAACUUUACAAGCCAUGGUUUCUCUCGGUAAAUCGUUCUGGCUCAAUGGGCAAUACUGUGAGGCUCUUGAGCUUCAGCAACAGACUGCAGAGGAAAUGCGUGUGCACCUCGGAGAAGAAGAUGAUGACACGCUGGAUGCACUAGACCACUUGGGUGUCACAUUAGGCUCUUGGCAUAGAUUUACAGAGAGCAAAGACAUCCACCGGAACGUCUUGACGAUUCGAACGAGAGCUCUGAAAUCGAGCGACUUGAAAGUCCUUGAAACAAAAAGCAAUCUAGCUAUGGCUCUCCUUGAUCUCAAACAGCUCCGUGAAGCGAGAUAUCUAAUGGAGGAUGUCUAUAAUAAUCGCAAGGUGCAGAUGGGCAAGGAACACCCUUACACACUUUUGGCUUUAUGUUAUCUCUCGAAGAUUUAUAUUGAACAGGGUGAGUUGCAUAAAGCCGAGAAAACUUUGGUCGAAGGAAUCGCCGCGGGGAAACGGAGCCUCGGCGAGAAUCAUCUUGGAGUGUUGGUCGGCUGUGGAGAACUUGCCCGGACUUAUGCACGCCAAGGCCGCUUAGAGGAAGCAGAGAGACUGAGUCUUGAGACAAUCAGCAAGGUCAAGAUUUCUCGAGGAGAUGAGCACCCUGACUAUGCUUACGGAAUGUGGAAAUUAGGAGAGUUGUGGGAGAAGAAAGGCGAGCAAGUGAAGGCAAUCAAUGCCUAUCGUGUUGCGCUAACAGCUACGGAGAGGAGGCUAACAAAAGAGCAUCCGCUUCAUAAGCUUAUUUCAGAUCGCAUUCGGUUUCUGACAGAAAACUCACUCGCCGACGGGUUCAGCGGCAGUGAUGUAGCAAAUGGCUCAGCAAAAGCUGACAUUGCGGAGUUGAAGAUCAACCCUCUACAGCCUACACAGACAUGGUAA